AUGCAAACCGAUUUUUAUGGAAUGCCCGUACAUCCUACGAUUGUGGCUUUAGGCAAUUUGUCUGCGUGUUUAUUUUUUUUUUAUAUCUGUUGUAAAGCGUUUUUGGUUCCGUUCUAUACAUACGUGAUUGCUCCUAAGUUUCAUCGAGUGAAUUUUAAAGCAUACGGAAAAUGGGCAUUGGUUACGGGCUGCACCGAUGGUAUCGGCAAGGAAUACGCUAGACAGUUGGCCGCUGCAGGCUGUGAUAUCGUUCUAGUCAGCCGUUCUAUGGAGAAGCUGCAGGCAACUGCGCAGGAAAUAGAAACGGAAUUCAACGUCGCCACGAAGAUCAUCCAAGUGGAUUUCACUGCUGGUGAUGAGAUCUACCAAACUAUUGAGAAGGAAAUAGCUGGUCUCCAGAUUGGAACCCUCGUGAACAAUGUCGGCAUCUCCUACUCCUACCCUGAAUACUUCCUUGACUUGGUUGAAAUGAACAAGGUCUUCGAAAAGCUGUUGAAAGCAAACAUCGUGUCGGUGACUCGCAUGACCCACAUGGUGUUGCCCGCCAUGGUGGCCAGAGAGAGGGGUAUCGUCAUCAACAUUGGGUCCGCUUCAUCCAUCAUCCCCAGCCCUAUGCUGACUGUCUAUGCUGCUACUAAGGCUUACGUUGACAAGUUCACCGAAGGCUUAGACAUGGAAUACUAUAAGAAGAACAUUCUUUUCCAAUGCGUCAUGCCUGGAUUCGUUUGCUCCAACAUGUCAGGUAUCCGUAGGAGCUCUCUCUUCGCUCCCAGCGCCAAAGACUUCGUCAGAUCUGCCCUCAGCCUCGUCGCUGUCGAAAAGAGAACUCCAGGCUACUAUCCUCAUGAAUUCUUCGUUCAUUGCCUGAAUAUCAUAUCAAAAUCUUCUUACCACUUUGGAGUAUGGAUGGUCACCAAAUCCAUGCAGAACAGCCGUCUGAAAUGCCUCAAGAAAAUGAAAAGACAGUAA